UUAAUAUCCAAUAACUUGCGAACGAAGUUCUAAAUUUAGUUAAUUUUAGAGAAGAUGUUACUGUUAGUUUCAUGGUUCCCUCCACUUUAGUUGCCAUUAUUUUAUGCAAUGUAAAUCUUUUAACGUUUGCUAUUAAUUAAGCCAAUGAGUGGAUAGAAGAUGGCACAAGUAGUAGUGAACAAUAAAUGUUAUUUUACGCAUUAAAAGGUAAAUCUUAGGAUUGAGAUUGGCUGCAAUCCCUUACUCGGAUUGUAGCUUGCUUAACUUUAAUUGUGAGAGGCUUUUGAUAGGAUCCACUAAUUUCGGAGGGUGUGCAAUUGUUGGGGUGGAAAAAAAAAAAUUUUGGAUGCCAUUGGUAAAGAUUGCAUAGCCAAUUGGUAAAGAUCUGCUCGUAAACAAUAGAGCACUUAAAGAAAAGGCAUCGCCAAGAUUACUUGCCUUCGAUGCUCAGCUUAUGUUUGAUUCUUUGCCUUUGAAUGAAUCAUCCUUGAAGUUCUCAUGAAGUCAUCCUCUUUUCCCAUUAGCCUAAUAACAAUGUUUUCUUAUUAUUCCCCCCUUCUGCCUUGGUCACUGCCCAUUUACAUAUCCAUACAACCAUGUAUCAGCAACGUGAAACCAACCCCUAUCAACCUGAAACCAAUCCUCAUUUUCUCGGACCAUUGCAACCAGAACGGCGUCAAGACCACCAUCCCCAGCCAACUAGUCCACCACUGCACCAACCUCGGCAUGGCUCCAACCCCUAUCAACCUGAAACCAACUCUCAUUUUCUCAAACCAUUGCAACCAGAACGGCGUCAAGACCACCAUUUCCAGCCAGCUAGUCCACCAGUGCAACAACCUCGGCACCAAAGCCAACGCAAACAACGUGCCAAGCCGGUGCUAGUCCCUCAACAUAAGUCAAAACCACCGUAUCAAGACCAACAGAUCCCUCCGCCUAAGUCAAAACCACUGCCUCAAGACCAACUUCAGCCUACCCAUCAGCAGGUGCAAGGCCGCCAUUCCCAGUCAUUUGAUGGACGGGAGCCACAUGAUCUGCAGCACCACGAAAACCACCAGCCACAUGGCCUGUUGCAGCCACGAAAACAGCCAACCAAAAACGCAUUUACGUGGUUUCUUGCAGUCUUCUGUGCAAUUUUUUCAGUUGUCAUAAUAGUAGGGGGUAUCAUUGUCCUUAUAGUCUAUCUUGUUUAUCGUCCAAGGAGCCCCCAGUUUGAUGUUUCUAGUGCGACCUUGAAUGCAGCAUAUCUUGACAUGGGGUAUCUGCUCAAUGCUGAUGUUACUCUGCUCGUAAACUUCUCAAAUCCAAGCAAGAGAGUGAGCGUGGACUUCAUUUACAUGUACAUAAAUCUAUACUAUGGAAGUACCCUUAUUUCUGCCCAAUAUAUUGAGCCCUUCUCUGCUGCAAGGGGUGAGUCCAGGUUUGCAAAUGUUCAUAUGGUGAGUAGUCAGGUGCGGCUUCCACUGGGUGAGAGCCGAAGGCUUCAGAAGCAGAUGGAAAACAAUGGAAUCAGGUUUGAAGUCAGAAGUUUUCUUAGGACACGCUCUAAUUUCGGAAGUCUCCUAAGAUACUCAUAUUGGUUGCAUGGCCAAUGCACUAUUCUUGUCACUGGCCCUCCCGAUGGGGUUAUGACAAGAAAGGCAUGCAAAACAAAACACUGAGGAAGCAUAGGUGUUCACGCUUGCAAA